UCAGAUGAAACGACUUUGGAAAAAGGUUGGGUCUGGUGUGAAGAAUGCGAAUUAUCUCAAAAAGUCUGUAGAAGAAGUAGCGAAAAUUGAAAAAGGGGAAACAAAAGUCGUCCCACCAAAAUAUCCAACUGAAAAAUCACGAGAAGUUAGCGAAGAAAUCAAAAAAGAAUUAGCGAUGAAAAAUGAAAGUUUGGUGGAAAAUAUGAAUAAAAUGUACAUCAAAUCAACUGAUCCAGUUGAAAGAUGGACAUCUACGAAAGAUCUUCCCACUCGUGAAUCGGAAUUUCUCCAUCGGAAUGAUCCCAUCUGGGAAUAUGGGUUCUACGAGCCGCCCGUUGAAAGAAUUCCGAAAGAUAAAUUGAUGUUCAAAGAAGCGCUAGAAUAUCUUCGAUUCCGCCAAGAGCUACUUUCCGAUUCAAGUUCACCAGCACAAAAAAAGCAAGCCGCUGAAUUUGUUGCUGAUCAUGUUGUUACUUCUCGUGUAAAUGCAGAAACAUUAGAUGACAUUUAUGAAUAUUUUCGACCAUUUGAGAGAAAGGAUAAACAAAAAGUUGUCAAUCGUCAUGCCCUUGCAGCUCUUCAAGAUCAUGUACAAGGAAAUUCAGAUGAAAGACGAAUUUUAGACGAGGCAAAGGAUGUCGGAAAAAAGAUUCGCCAUAUCAGUAACAAUACGAAAUUCCUGGACGAAUAUCAACGACUCGAAGACGAAGAAAAGGAUAAGGUCCGAGAAGCAAUUGCCCAGCUACGCCAAGAAGAACAUGAACGACUGAAUAAACGUUUGGGUCAAUUAGGAGAAAUUGAGAAAACUGCACAAGAAGCUAUGAAGAAGGCUGUAGAAGAGAAAAAGGAAAAAUAGUCAUCAUAAUUUGUAUGAGUUAUUGGUUUCUAGGUAGAUUUAGUUGUUUUUAUGUGUACCCACGGGUCGAUUUUAAGUUGUUUUGCUUAUGAAGUUACAAGUUUUAAAGUUUAUAUUCUAUGAACAUUUUUGAUAUG